AUGGCUGGUUGUUUCCUUCGAUGCUUUAGCUGCUUCUUGGCAUACAGUGCUUUGGUGCUGAUUGGAGUCUUCUUUCAUGUUGUGGGGAAGUGCAGUGCAGCGUCUGGUACAAAGGUCUCCUACAACUGGACCGUGAGGGGCCAAACCCACAGUGGCUCCAGGCUGCAGUACAAUAUCCAGCCAGAGGAUGGAGACAUCGAAUUCACCUGCACGAUUUUCAAUGCUGUCAGUAAAACAUCUGCAUCAAAAACAGUGAAGUGCAGCAACAGUGCUUCCACAAAUCAGGAUAAAGAAGAUCUAUGUGGUCACAGGCACACUGAGUCUCCACCAGUAAACCAGGAUGAAACCCAACAGCAAGUAUAUUCCUCUCUUCUCCAUGGUGAUGGUUCUGUCUAUGAAUCAGUCAGAAGCUCUGAAGACGCUGGAAAAAAUGUGGAGGCUUCCAGUUGUGAUCGUAUCAUCCAUAAAAACGUUGGAGACACUGUGGAGCUUUCAUCAUGUUUACCUGAAGGGGUCACCUCAGCAACUUGGAAAUUUAAAGAUAACAAAGUAGUAGACAUGGAUAUAGGUGACACUAAACAUUCUCAGUUUCUAGGCAGAGUAGAGUUAAACCAAGAUUACAGUUUAACAAUGAGAAGACUGACUCCUCAAGAUUCUGGUGUUUACAGUUUUACCUCAACAGUGAAUGAUCAGCAAAGGCCCACAGUCUCCAUCACUCUGCAAGUUCAUGAGAUCAUAACGCAGCAGCCUUCCCUGACUGUAAAUUCCACCUGGCAUGCUUUGAAUGAAUCCUGUACAGUUGUGGGAGAGUGCAGAGCAGCGUCUGACACAAAGGUCUCCUACAACUGGACUGUCAGGGGCCAAACUCACAGUGGCUCCAGGCUGCAGUACAAUAUCCAGCCAGAGGAUGGAGACAUCAAAUUCAUCUGCACGAUUUUCAACUUUGUCAGUAAUACAUCUGCAUCCAAAACAGUGAAGUGCAGCAACAGUGCUUCCACAGAUCAGGAUAAACAAGUGGUCAGCUCUCCAGUCCAGUCAAUCAUUAGGGUAGUUAUUGGAAUUGCAUUGACUGUUCUACUGCUGUUUUUGCUGUGUUACUACACAAAGUCAAAGGAUCUAUGUGGUCACAGAUCAUGUUUCAGGCACACUGAGUCUCCACCAGCCAACCAGGAUGAAACCCAACAACAAGUAUAUUCCUCUCUUCUCCAUGGUGAUGGUUCUGUCUAUGAAUCAGUCAGAAGCUCUGAAGACGCUGGAAAAAGUACAGAAUAAAUAUUGAUCAACGUGGAUUAACGUCCAUAAAGAAAAGUCUAUCAACAAAAGGAGAGAAGCACAGAUGACACCAUGAAAAACAACAUUUAAACUGAGACAAUGUUUUCAGCUUUUAAAGAACUUUGAAGUUGGAAUAAUUAGAAAUCUUGCACCAUGGUGAUUGUCUAACCCUUUUACAUUUUCUAUAUCUUAAAGCUUGAUCCUUCGUGAGCUGCAAGAGAUACUUUUUUUUUUUUAAAGCUGAUGUUUUUUGGGUUGUUUUUUUGUUUUGUUUAGUUUUUUUUACAGUGAUACAAUGUUCUCACGCCUGAAAUCUUGCAGCCUGGUGAUUGAAUAAUCCUCUUCCUCUUUUUCCUUUUCUGAAAGCUUGAUCAUUUACAGUGUUAUAAGCUGCAAGAGAUGCUUUUUUUAAACUUAUGGUGAUAUAGUGAUGUAUGUUCACCAUAUCAGCCACUUGGUGGAGCCUUGUGAAUUUGAUUUCAGUUCCUGCCCAAUGUGCCAUGUGUAAUGAAUGUUUAAUGCGUUUAACUGUAUAAAAGUUUUUUUGGAUUAUUUUCAAACAUUAAAAUUGUUUUUCCUCAAUUUGCACAAAAAACUGUUGAAUU